UUAAUGAAUUAUCCUUUUCAGAAGUGUUGUUUUCAAUAAUGUCAACGAGGAAUUCAGAUUCAAAUUUAUCAUAGAUCUAGAUUCCACAUCAUUCGUCAUGACAGAAUCAGAUGAUCAGGACAAUGAUAGUUCAAACAACAAGCCGACCCACCUCUACUACUUUAAUUAAAAUUCUUCCCCAUUAAACUUUAUUCAAAGUGGUUGGCUUCAGGAGGCUCAUCUGGCUUAUGAACAUUUUCACAAUUAAAUAUACAUUAUAUCACAUUAUUGGUCAUCCGGAAUGCUAACCAUCAAAUCACUGCAUGACCGUGUUGCUCAGAUAUACUACACAUAUGGAUUGUUUUGUGCUAGCCAUCCAUGGACAACUAUUUUAUCUGUCAUCAUCUCAGUCAGCAUUACCUGCAUUCCUUUACUGAGUAACCUACCUAUUCCUGGGAAAACCUCCUUUGAGCACAGAACAUCAAAAUUAGGGUUUGCAGUUCCUGAAGGUGUUCGUUCAGCCAAUUUUCAACCAGAAGGGUUUAUUGAUGAAAAGAAACCAAGAUGGCUUGUUGGGGAACCAGUGGCUUAUGUACAGCAAGUGGUCAUGAAAUCUGCAGUAUCACCUUGGCAGAAAAAUCUUAAACCUUAUGAUGCCUUUAGAGCUCCUUUGGCAUCAGCUUUCAAAAUUGUUGAGGAGUUGGAUAAUUUUAAAUAUACUUCUGGUGGCAAAGACCAGUCUUUAGCUGACAACUGCUAUAGAGUCUCUGAGUCAUUGAAUGUUGGCGAACUGCAGAAAUUGUUACCUCAGUAUACCUGUUUUAUUGUUUCACCUGCCAACUUCUGGCAUCAGGAUAUUUUAAGUUUUAAGAAUGAUGCAGAUAUUCUCGACGAUGUCUACAAGAAUUAUGGACAAGUUGUUGGCAGCCAGACAUCUAUUAAAGAUCUGCUGUUUGGCAUACCUUGGUCACAGACUGGGAUAACUAAAUACCCAAUCCGCAGCAGGCAGCGCAUUAUAACAUAUGCUGUCACAAUCAUCAUGAAAAAAUAUGACUCACAAUUUGUCUCAGCCUUGACUGAAAUGCUUGAGAGACGCCACCCAGACACCAGCCAAAAUGUAAACAAUUCAGAAGUUCAAGACAUUGUGCAUGUGUACUUUAAAGAUGUUAAUUACAUUGUAGAGUACACGCCUCUGCUGGUGAUCUACCUUGUCAUGCUGUUGUACCUCUACUUUUCUGUGCGUAAAAUAGAGCUGGUAAAAUCAAAGAUUGGACUUGCUAUAAGCGCUGUAGUUACUGUUCUAGCAUCUCUGCUUAUGUCUGUCAGUAUUUGUACAUUGUUUGGGAUGACUCCAACACUUAAUGGAGGUGAGAUCUUCCCCUACUUAGCUGUGAUUGUUGGUGUGGAAAAUGUUUUGGUCAUCACAAAGUCUGUAGUCUCAACACCCGUCCAUUUAGAUGUCAAAAUCAGGGUUGCUCAAGGCCUUAGUAGAGAAGGAUGGUCUAUCACAAAGAACUUAGUGACUGAACUGGUCAUUGUCUUAAUUGGAUUUUUUACCUUUGUCCCAGCCAUACAGGAGUUUUGUGCUUUUGCACUAGUAGGACUUCUCUCUGAUUUUUACUUACAAAUGGCAUUCUUUGCAACUGUUUUGUCUGUAGACAUAAGAAGAAUGGAGCUUUCAGACCUACAUAAACAGAGUGUUCAACAGGCUGUACAGGAUGAGAGUAGUAAUGCAUUUAGCAUACAACCUUUGGUCCUGUGCCCAUUCGUCAGAGGAAAGGCUAGCUCCUCCCACAGAAGCCAUUCAUCUCCUCCCCCAGACCCGACACCUCCCAUGUACAGUCCCAUCGUCCAACCUAACCAUGUGUCACCACCCCCAUCACCAAACAGAAGUGUGUAUGAAGGUCAGACUUUUUUCCAUGCAUCACCGCAAUCAGAUCGGCCAAAAUAUGAGAUGCCUCGUAGAGUCAAGUUCUUUUAUUUUUUAGCAAGAUUUCGUAUUGUUCAGAAGUUGAUUAUGGUUUGUACGUUAGUCUGGAUUCUUCUCAUAAUGUACAAGACUGGACUAGUGGAUAAAUUAACAGGAGAUAAUGUUAGCGAUACACUUUCCCAGACUGCUACACCAAAACUUCCUGCUGAAGUCAGUUCAAUGAUGGAAUCCUCCAGAGAUGAAGAGUUUGGAGACAGACCAGUAGAACAUAAAAACUUGGAAUUGUGGAGAACGCUUUCACAUAAACAUUGGCCAACAUUGUUUCAAUAUUACAACAUAAGCCUGAGUGGCAGAUAUAUCAGCAUUUUGCCAUCAAUCCACUUAUCUGAGGUAAUAGACCCACUGAAAGCCAUUCAAAUGAGACAUCCAAAAGAAACACACGCACUACCUAUACCUAAACCCGCAGACUGGAAUGAUUCCCAUCAUUUGGACAACUUCCUCCCCAAGACGGACAAGGAGUUCAUCAUCACCAUCUUCCUGUGUUGUCUCACUGUGGUUGUCAUCACAUAUUUCAUGGUUCACCUGUACCGGUGUAUGUGCUCCAGGAACUAUUCACGCUGGCGCCACUCCUGGAGCAGGUCAGGACGUAGACGGCCUAGAGCCUAUGUCAAGCAGGUUAAAGAGUCUGUGCCGCUUGUGUUAUCUGGUCAUACACAGAAUAUUGAAUGUCUGCUUGGUGACAAUGGCCUUAUUAUCAGCUGCUGCUUGGGAGGUCAUCUCAAAAUAUGGGAUUCUAACUCAGGGGAAUGUAUUAAUACAAUCAUUAGAAGAGGCAUGGCACCAGUGAGUCGUAGAAGGCCUUGUGUGGGACGUAACAUAGAAGACAGUGACGCAGAUCUCUAUGCUGAGUACCAUGGCAGCAGGAGCUCGUCUGAGUUAUCAUUGGCUGAAGAGAGUGGUGGAGGAGAUGGCAUCAGGAGUAGGAGGGGUAAUUCCUCCUGGUCAGAUGUUAGAGGCCGGAGAGUGGGGUCAGCUAGGAAGUCAAACAGUCUGACUAGAAGUGACCUGAAACCUGAUCUUGUGUCUACUAUAAAUACAGAGUUCACAUCUAUUGAUCAGCGGAGACAUCAGAGUACUCCCAAUGGAUAUGACUUUAGGAGCUGGUUUGAAGGGCUGUAUGAAGAACAUCGCAGAUAUUUAGAAGCUGAAGGCCACACCUUACCAAGGAAUCAUAGUGCUGCAGAGCUUUCUUUAAUGUCACCACUUGAAAGGAGUAGAAGUUUGAGCUGCGGAGAACAAUCUACUUUAGACAUCUCAGCCCUUGAGGAUGACAUGUUAAAAGAGCAAGCUUCUUCUGUAUGGUGCAUGGCUAGCAUGCAUGGUCUAAUAGUCACAGGGUGUGGCAAUGGACAUAUUGAAAUGUGGGAUGCUGAAACCGGUGAAUUACGCUUUUACCAUGGCACCAAUGACAUUGGUAUAACAGGGCUUUGUGUGGUUGGCAACAGGAUUGUUGCAGCCAAGCUUGAUGGGACGUUAGACUUCUUGGAGAUUGAAACAUUCCAUAAUCCAAUCAUGACACCUUCACCAGUGCCUCUAAAUUCACCUCGUCAAAAUAGAGGUCAUUCACGAAGCAGUAGCACUGGUGUUGAAAAUCUCACAUCAUAUAACGAGGUCAUUAGGUGUGCAGGUGUAACGACAUGUCGAGCGCAUCAAUUACCUAUCAAUGUGAUCCAGUGUGCAGGAGGUAGGAUAGUCACUGCCAGUCAGGACCACACUUUGAAGGUGUUUAGACUGGACAAUGCCCUGUGUCUGUACACCUUGCAUGGCCAUGAAGCCAGUGUCACAGCCUUGUGUUUAGACCAGGUUGCUCCUUUUGCUGCUGUCAGUGGGUCCUUAGAUGGCACCAUCCGCAUGUGGGACCCCCUGACAGGGACCUGCAUACACAAGUUUACCUGGCAUAAAGCUACUGUCACCACCAUCUCCACCUCACCCUUGUACAUCGUCAGUGUGGGGAUGGAUGAUAGGAUGUGCGUCUGGGAUAGAACCAAAUCCUCAUUGCUUCAUAAAAUUGACUUGGACUCAGGGGGUAUUGGAAGUGCAGCUUUGAUGUGCAGAAAUCGGAUGGUCACUGGAGGACAGGGCAGCAUCUCAUUGUGGGACAUUCCGCGAGGAUCUCUGAUAAGGAAAGUGGUGUUUGCUGAUAGUGAGCUGCGGGCCUUUGUCAACCAUGUUGUAGCUGUUGCCAAUAAUGGGGUUGUGUGCGACCAGGGACAGGACCUGAAGGUUGUUUUCUUCCCUACAAUUUUGGAGAAAGCCGAAUGAUGCUGGAACUCUGGAACUUGCAUCUAUGGACUCACCCAGACACCUGAACACUCAAAGUGUCUAUGACUUAAAAUACUGGUUUGAAUUAAAUUAUGGUAGUUUGAAGGUUUGCUAAUUGUUGUUAAUGUUAUAUCAAAGAAUUGCUUUAACACCAUACUGAUUCCAUCUUUCAUUAUUUGUAUGUCAAAGAACUUGGGCAUUACAAUUUUACCAAGAUAGAAUUAAUUACUUCUAUUGAAACUCUGCAAGAUGUUCACUCAUCAAGCAUGUUGUUAUUUAAGUUCGUUAACUCUUGGCCAAAUGUUUUGAUAUGGAAUACUAAACCUUUCAGUGUGGUGUUUUGAACAUAGCUGUAUUUUAUUAAUUUGGAAUAAUGUAUUUACUUAGAAUCUUAUUUUUCACUCAAUUGAUCUAACCAUCUAACAAUUAUACCUGGGUUUAGUAAUUUCAAUCAGUGAUAUAUUUGUAUAAACAAUUAAACACUAGUUUAUUAAGCAUGCAUUAUUUUUAUAUGAUAAUUCAUAAUUGAAGCAGAAAUUUUUAGUAUAUUUUGCAUUCUGCAUUUAGGCUUGCAAUGCAUAUCAUUGUCAAUGAUUUAUGGAAUUUGUUGAAAUAAGAAAAUGUCAUAAAAUCUAAUAUCCAAUUUUGUUGUAAACCUUACUAACCUUAUUUUUAUAUUAACUAAAACUUAACUAAUAAUCUAUGUGGUCAGUAUUAAUUUCAGUUAUAAUUUUGCAAUGUUUAAAAUUAUGUAUACCCUGUAAAUAUUGUAUUGCAGGUUUGAUUUUUUUUUACAAUUGCCUUAAAAUUUAAAAUAUUUACAAUAUGCUUAAAUGAAUUUAAAGUGUAGCAUCAUCAUUGACAAACUGCACUUUAAGAACAAAUGCUUGUUUCAAUGUUACAAAUGUGCUAAAAUAUUUAUUAAAACAUGCAAAGUUAUAUUUAUUGCAAUUUUUGUAUGAUGUGAUUGAAUAUUUUUACUAUUUUUUACAGAUCUUAGUUUAAUUCUGAAAAAUAUGUAAAAAUUUAUUGUGUAUAAUUAGUGAAAAAGUAAAACUAUCCUUAUUUUUAAUACAAUCAAAAAAGUUAACAUUCAUGAUUUUUUUUUUUUUAAAGUGAUUUGUCAAUAGCAAUUUUCAACAAAAAAGUUGUUUUUAAAUGUUGUUUCAAACCAUUCCUGUUACUUUUUGUUAAAUUAGUCCUGCUAGCUUUGUUUGUCAUAAUAUUUAUAUAUAUUUUUAAGAUUGAUGUUAUAUUCUUUGCUUUCAUGUGAUUUGUAUGCACUAGUAAUGCAAUUGUGUAUUCAUUUGUUGGUGACAAAACUGCACUCUCAUUUUGUUUACAGAAAUUUGUUUUAUUUAGAUUCAAAUAUUUUGGCCCAUAUUGGCUGUAAAUGGUUGCAGAAGAUUAAAGGUGCUGUUAAGAUGAAUGAGUAGAAAGUGAGAAGUGCUUAACCUAUCUGUACUGUGUGUUCUCUAGAUUAUGUUAUUGACAUUUGAUAAAUUUGUGUUUUAAAUGCAACAAUGAUCUCAGAUGUAGAUUUGUCCAGUUUUUUGUGUGCAAUUGGAUCACAUUUGACCAAAAGUCAUACCAGUUAGUUUUUAUUUCAUCACUUUUGGUACAUCUUAGCACAUUCAUUUAAAUGUCAUGUUAACAUUGUUUUUAAACAGUGAUUUUCAACCUUAUGGUAGCUGGCCUUCCUUAAUAAAAGUUUAUAAUGAAGCUUAUUAUGGCUUAUGAGGCUUUCAUAUUGUUAGAGCUAACACAUUUUGUGAUUUGUUUAAAAAAAUAGAGCUACAUCUUAUCAGGUAUAAAUAGCGUGUUUAUCUGUUCUAAGCUUUCAAGGAUUUUCACACACAGCUUUCACUUAUCUUGUACUUUCAAAUCAUCUUUUUAAGCUGCUUUAUUUAAGUUGUGAAUUUAUAUCAUUUGGUACAGCAUUUUUAUGAUAAAGAUUUUUUAAAUCUGUAAAUAAAGAACCAAAAAUUAUUUGA